UCGAUCCUCGCGGUUCGUCAGUCGAACGUUCGCUAUCGUUCUUUGCGUGAGUUCAUUAAGCUCGGCAAGAGGAGCCGCUUCGGGACUUAUCGCAAGGCCGCAGGCAGGACUCUUUGCAAGCGCUGCCGUCUUCAAAAAAUGUCUUUCCAAACGAUGAACGUGAAGGACUCUUACAGCUGGAUCCUGCCUGACCGGGACCCGCGAGUCGAAGGAUGGGUGCUGAUCGGAAGUCCCGUGGCGGUGACCACGGUGCUGGCGUGUUACGCUUACUUCGUCAAGAUCUGGGGGCCGCGCAUGAUGAAGAACGCAAAGCCGUUCGAGCUGCGCAAGACCAUCCUGUGCUACAACGCCGCCAUGGUGUUGGCGAACCUGGCGAUAGCGACGCGCGUGGGAUACUAUGCCUUCGUCACGGGCCACUACGACCUCUUCCUCCAGGGUCCGGACCUGUCUACUAGACCGAUUACCAUGAUUCUGCUGCCGGUUUCGUGGUGGUACCUGGUGCUGCGGCUGUCCGAGUGCAUCGAGACGGUGUUCUUCGUGCUGCGCAAGAAGUUCAACCAAGUGAGCGGCCUGCACGUCUUCCACCACGUGUCCGUGUCCUUCUGCACCUACUUCUACAUCACGUACGGCGGCUUCUCCAUCGCCUGCUUCGAGACCGUGUUCAACUCGAGCGUGCACGUGCUCAUGUACGCCUACUACUUCCUCGCCGCCCUGGGACCCGAGGUGCAGCGCCACCUGUGGUGGAAGCGCUACCUGACGCGGCUGCAGCUCGUCCAGUUUAUCGUCAUGAUCGUGCGCAACGUGUGCCUCGUGUUCACCCUGGGCGCGCCUUACUUCUCGCUGCCUCUGUUCAUGCUCUCGCAGUGCUUCAUCUUCUUCGUUCAGUUCCUCAGCUUCUACAUCCGCUCGUACAAGUCCAACGCCGUGCGACUCGUCAAGUGCGGCGGCUCCUCGCAAGACGAGCACUGGAAAGUCGAGCGUGCGAAGGCUCAGUGAAUACAAUCUUGUCACCCGACGAAGCACGUGUAGACACCGACUAAAUCUCACUCGUCAAACACUGCCGCGCGAACGGGGCGCGGCAGUGGUAAACGCUUCGUAAACGUCGAUGGGGGGCGAUUCAACGCCGAAUGACCUCGUUGUUGAUACGGAAGCAGGCGCGGUGCGCUGGCUACUUGUUUGGAACACGCGACAUCGACCUUCCGACGCUUGCCAAUUUGGAUUGCUGCGGACCCCGCCGCUCUGUGUGAAAGACUUUGGCAGUCUGAUGACUUCGCAGUGCAAAUUUAAACGUCGUGACCUUUACAUGAGCAAGAAGUGAUCGCGCGAUGUGUGAUGAAUCUCGGAGUGGUUGUCGUGCUCACGAGGCGCGGUAUUGCGAUGCACGGUCAAGGACGAUACUUAUUUAUUGCCAGUGCCACUGUGCCGCAAGUGAGACGAGACGUAAAAGUGCCUCUUGCCUGCCUUUGCGUCUGAGUGAAUGAAUAAGCGAACGCGGUCUUCUGCGUCCAGAAGAACUCUGACGGACGAAAGCCCAAUGACAGUGCCUUCGGAAUGUUUUUCUAGGGCAUGGAUGCAGAAAGUGUAGCUUAUUUAUAUUUUUUCUGACAUGUUAUUUCGAGAUACGUAGCCUAACAUCCUCAUCGUUGUCAACAACGUCACCUCGAUCCCGUUCCGCGCGCAACGCGACUCGAAGAAUGCAACGUUUGUACAACGCCGCAUCCACAUCGGACUGUCGGAUUUUGUAAAUAGCCCAUAAUAAACAAUGCAAUACGAGUA